GUGAGGAGACAGAGUGUGCAGCUGUUUUCACUGGUCCUCAGUACACCGUGUCAUUUAUGGACAUGACCGUGUGAAAACGCAAAACAUUUGGUGUCACACAGCUGGACCGUGUCAGCUUAUAGGAGAUUUAGCCUAUACAGAUACCGGAACAGCAGAGGUCUGACUCUGAAGGCUGAAGCAAAUCAUAACUGGGAGAGCAGGCGGAUGAGGCCUAGCUUCGUUUCCAGGGCAACAGCCAACAUCAUUUCUCAGCUCACAUUGUACGUGGGCUGGAUUCUACCAAAUCCGUGGAUGAAUAGGCCGUAGCUACAGGAGAACAGAGGCACCUGCUAAAGAUAUAUUAUGUAAGAACUGCUAAUACAAUGACUACUGUACGACAAAGAAAGCGAGCGAGUGCCUCUGAACAGAGACAAAAUAACCAUCAGCAUGAGAAGAAUGCAAAGCAUUAUCCUAAAGGAAUUACUACAGGUGCAGCGCUAUGGAAAGUUCUCUCUCAUAUUACUGGAGGAACAGUCUCUUUAUCUCUUGGGCUCUUCACCGCUUACUAUGUAUGCACACUACAUGAGAAUGAUCUGUGGUUUUCCAGCAUAAAGGAAAUAGAACGUGAGAUCUCUUUCAGGACAGAAUGUGGCCUCUAUUAUUCAUACUACAAACAAAUGCUCCACGCCCCAUCUAUCAAACAAGGCAUUACCGAAUUGAUAUAUGACAAUAAGACAGAAUCCAUGAGAACAAUUAAUAUUCUUGAACGAAUGAAUGUGUACCAAGAAGUGUUCCUUGCUGUACUGUACAGGGUCCUGCCUUUUUGGAAUAAUUUGGAGCCUGUGUACUUCUACAUUUACACUCUGUUUGGACUUCAGACAAUGUAUGUAAGUUCUUUGUUCCUCACCAGCUGGUUACUUAGUGGAACAUGGUUCUCUGGAUUAUUGGCAGCGUUAUGGUACAUUGUUAAUAGAAUUGAUACUACUAGAGUAGAGUUUACCAUCCCUCUAAGAGAAAAUUGGGCACUACCGUUUUUUUCUAUCCAAAUAGCUGGAAUUACAUAUCUCCUCAGAUCGGAAUUAACAGCUUUAAGAGAAAAAAUGACCAUGUUUUUAGUGUUUAUUUCAACAUUUAUCUUCAGUCUUACCUGGCAGUUCAACCAAUUUGUUCUGCUAAUCCAAGCUCUAGUGUUGUUUGUCCUGGACUGCGUGGACUUGAUUCCUACGGCUAAGGUGACAAGGCUGUACCUGAUGCAAGUUAUCUGUCUCCUCAUGGUGUGUGUGUUGCAGUUUUUUAACUCCAUGAUUCUGGGUUCAUUACUACUGAGUUUUGUUCUGGCAGUUAUUAUAGUCAGAUGCUUACAGAAAAACCUUAAAAGUGGAGGUCUUAUUAAAAGAGUCUGGAGUCUCGUUGUUCAUGUCUUUUCCGUUCUCUGUCUCACUGUGCUGAUAAAUAAGUCUAUUAAGAAGCUGUUCAGACUACAAUCAGAUGAACAUAUUUUUAAAUUCAUACAAGCAAAACUAGGAUUUGGAAAAACAAGGGAUUUUGAUGCCAGUCUGUACCUGUGCGAAGAAGCUUUCCGCCGCCUCCCUCUAGAUACGUUUGACAGAUUCGCUGAUACUUUGCUACUUUAUCCAUAUAUCUUUGUUCUUUUCACCUUAAUUAUAGCUGCCACAGUUGCUGCCUUUAACAAUCUCAGUUGGUCAUCAAGCUCAAAGACUUCGGACAAAAAGGAAAAGAGAGCUUAUUCCAUGAAACCAGAAAUUGCCUACAAUUUAAUGCACUCAAUCCUGUUUGGAUGUUUGGCCCUGAGUACAAUGAGAAUGAAGUAUCUGUGGACAUCACACAUGUGUGUCAUGGCUUCGUUUGGACUGUUUAGUAUGGAAGUAUGGGGAACCCUUUUGAAAACUUUGCGUCUGUACACACCACAGAGGACCAACGUGGCUAGAUAUUCAGUUUCUAUCUUGGUCAUAGUCUACCUCAUUUUUAAGUUUUGGCCAAGACUGUCAGAGGAACUUUCAGAACUACGAGAAUUUUAUGAUCCUGAUACAGUGCAGUUAAUGAGCUGGAUCAAGUCCAACACUCCGAACAAUGCUGUUUUUGCGGGGAGUAUGCAAUUGUUAGCUGGUGUGAAACUUUGCACUGGGAGAGUCCUAACCAAUCAUCCACAUUAUGAAGACAAAACUCUCAGAGAAAGGACAAAAAAGGUUUACCAAGUGUAUGCAAAGAGAGCUCCUGAGGAUGUACAUAGUAUCCUACGAUCAUUUGGAACCGAUUAUGUGAUUUUGGAGGACAGCAUUUGUUAUGAAAGGAGACAUAGUAGAGGCUGUCGGCUGCGUGAUCUACUGGAUGUUAGUAAUGGACAUGUCAUGGAUGGACUAGGGGAUAAUGAUCCAGAUCUGAAGCCAUCUUCCUCACCACGUUUUUGUGAAGAAAUAAAGAAAGACCUGCCAUCCUACUUAAAAUACUUCACCAGAGUCUUUAAGAACAAAACCUUUCAUGUUUACAGAUUAUCACGAAAGGCUGCAGUAAAGUAGCUAAUUCCUAUGAGCUGGGACUCUAUAUUGCAGAAUGUAGGCGGCUUCUCCAAGGCAACAUCCCCAAUGAAAGAUGAGGUUAUUGAUUGUUUCUGUACUUCUAGAAUCCAGCCAAAAGACCUUUAAAAACAUAUGUGAAAGUAUUGUUUUUCCACAGUGGGCAGAUCUUUUCUAAUUUUUUUAAGCACAUAUAAUUGAAGUAGAAAAAAAUUCAUUUUGUAUAUAGUGGGAAGACUUGAACCAGCAGUAUUAUUGUGUUGUUGUUUUUUAAUUGAGGAUAUAGGGUGCUGUCUUCUCAUUUAAUAGACAGUUGUCAAAUGAACCUUUAUUUGCUGUAAGUGAGCUGUAGUAUAUUGGUAACACAAUCCUCUGCUUAACAUUUUAUUCAUUCAUAAAACAUGUGCCAAUCUUAUCUAGGUUUUAUGUCACUACAGGGUAAAACAUUAAAUAUUUUUUAUGUUUAGAAAGUUUCCAUUUAACUUAUUUAGUGUGGAAAUACUUGUCACACAUUGUGAUGCAUUAAGACUUCAUGUUGCCAAUUUGGAAUAAAACAUUGUUUCUA